UGCUGUUGUGGUUGCGCGUUGUGCUGUCCCUUGUGCUUGUAUUCCUUAAAAUAAUUUGGAGAAGUAUCUGAAGUAUCUCUAGCUUAAAUUUUUGAGAGUUUAUUCUCUUCUAAGUAAUUAGAUUUGCAGACUGUUAAAGCGACGCUGUGCUGGUUUUGGCAGAGCUUUUAAUCUAAUACAUACUUUAGUUGGACUCUAAACAUGCUUGGUUAUUCAAAUGCCGGAAUACCAGACAAGUCGUGGCAGCCUCCUGUCGCAGUGCUCGAAACAUCUAUGGGUGCUGUUGUAGUAGAAAUGUACUGGAAGCACACUCCACUAACCUGCCGGAACUUCAUGGAGCUGGUCAGACGAGGUUAUUACAAUAACACAAAAUUCCACCGCGUGAUACGUGACUUCAUGAUCCAAGGUGGUGAUCCCACAGGAACUGGAAAGGGAGGCCAGUCUAUCUAUGGCCCACAAUUUGACGAUGAAAUAACCACUGACUUGAAACACACCGGUGCUGGUAUAUUAUCUAUGGCUAACGCAGGCCCUGAUACUAAUGGCUCCCAGUUUUUCAUUACGUUGGCACCAACACAAUGGCUAGAUAACAAGCAUACUAUAUUUGGCAGAGUUCAGAGUGGUAUGUCUGUAGUGAAACGAAUAGGUCUUGUUGAAUGCGACAAGAAUGAUUCUCCUGUGGAUGAUGUGCGGAUCGAGAGAGCUUAUAUACCUAAAUAAUUAGUAAUAGGAGAAUUUUCAAAGCGUAGAAGAUUAAUUAUGAGAACAGUGUUCAAUUACUUCACUUUAUAAGAUGUCAAGCGCGGAUCCAGCUUCGUGCCCAGGGGGGGGUCACAUGGUAAAGGCCCGGGGCCCCAGGGGGGGUCACAUGGUCUAUUUGUUUGGCCAACUUAGGCUCCAGGGGGGGUCAUGACCCCC